UUUCUUUUUUAAAACAUGAUUCUUAUCUAUAUUUUCUUCUUCUAAGUCUAGACUUACAGAGAAUUAAAUUUAAAGAGAGAAUGUUGUUUGUCCCAUUAUUGUUUUUGAACCAUUAAUUUUUUAGACAAGUAAACUAAAGCAAAUCUCAAGUAUCAAAAGCAACAAAUAAAGAAUUUGUUGAGCCGUUAAGGAUGAGCCAAGAAUCAUCCGCAUAUUGGGAAAAAUACCUUUGGUUUUGUUUAAUGAGAUGAGACACACAAUCAAAUAAUAUUAUGCCCCCCCCCCCUUUCCCUUUAAUAUAUCCGGAUUUCUCGUUACCGAUCUGAAUAUUAGAAAUUCCAAAUCCACACGUCAACAUCUCACAUGAUUUAGAUUGGAUCCAUUUUGCUUUUCCUGUUGAGUUGUCGGCAUACUAAGCAUGAAACAGAACAGUAAAUAGGCCUUACUAGUGCAACAAUGGCUCUUAAAAAAGUCAAGGGUACUCUGGAGCGAGUGUUGGACAAAAAUCUUCAAGAUUUAGUUCGUGGCAUUCGCAACCAUAAAGAAAAUGAGGGGAAGUACAUUGCUGAGUGUAUUGAUGAAAUAAAACAAGAAUUGAGACAGGAAAACCAAGCUGUGAAAGCUAAUGCUGUGAAUAAGCUUAUCUAUCUUCAAAUGUUGGGGUAUGACGUCAGCUGGGCUGCCUUUCACAUCAUUGAGGUGAUGAGUUCAUCCAAAUUUACAUUCAAGAGGAUUGGAUAUUUAGCAGCUGCGCAGAGUUUCCACGAAAACACAGAUGUGUUAAUGUUGACCACCAACAUGAUUAGAAAGGAUCUAAGCAGUCAGAAUAUGUAUGAUUCUGGAACUGCACUGACUGGACUUGCCUGUUUUGUCACUACAGAUCUAGCCAGGGAUCUUGCUAAUGACAUCAUGACUCUUAUGACAUCAACUCGUCCAUAUUUAAGAAAGAAGGCAGUACUUAUUAUGUACAAAGUUUUCCUGCAGUUUCCAGAGGCAUUAAGACCUGCAUUCCCAAGACUCAAAGAAAAACUGGAAGAUCCUGACCAAGGUGUGCAGUCAGCUGCUGUCAAUGUGAUUUGUGAGCUGGCCAGAAAGAAUCCUCAGAACUACCUCUCUUUGGCUCCCUUGUUCUUCAAACUUAUGACAAGUUCUACCAACAACUGGGUCCUCAUAAAAAUCAUUAAACUGUUCAGCGCAUUAACCCCACUGGAGCCCCGUCUUGGGAAAAAACUUAUUGAGCCAUUAACUAAUUUAAUUCAUAGUACUUCAGCAAUGUCUCUACUCUAUGAAUGCAUCAACACCGUAAUAGCAGUACUCAUUUCUAUAUCUUCAGGCAUCCCCAAUCAUACCGCCUCAAUUCAGCUCUGUGUCCAGAAGUUAAGGAUUUUGAUAGAAGAUUCAGAUCAGAACUUGAAGUAUCUUGGUCUGCUGGCAAUGUCCAAAAUUCUGACUACACAUCCGAAGAGUGUCCAGUCGCAUAAAGAUCUGAUUCUUCAGUGUCUGGACGACAAGGACGAGUCCAUCAGACUGAGGGCCCUGGACCUUAUUUACGGAAUGGUUUCUAAAAAGAACUUGAUGGAAAUAGUGAAGAAGUUAAUGGUGCACAUGGAUAAGGCAGAGGGCACCCACUACCGGGACGAACUACUGGCCAAGAUAGUGGAGAUCUCCAGCCAGUCUAACUACCAAUACAUCACCAACUUUGAAUGGUACGUGAGUGUAUUGGUUGAAUUGACCAGAAUGGAGGGAACUAGACAUGGUCGUAUGAUAGCCUCACAGAUGUUGGACGUAGCCAUCAGAGUGCAAGCAAUCAGGCCAUUCGCUGUGUCUCAGAUGGCCUUGUUGUUGGAAAAUUCACAUAUCUUGGCGAAUAAUUCACAAAGGAAUGGAAUUUGUGAAGUGUUGUAUGCAGCUGCUUGGAUUUGUGGAGAAUUUUCUCAACAUUUGCAAAAUCCCCGAGAAGCAUUAGAGGCGAUGUUAAAACCAAAGAUUACGACACUGCCAGGACACAUUCAGAGUGUGUUUGUACAAAAUAUACUCAAGUUAUUUGGUAACACUUUGAAUGCAGCGGAGGAAAGCGAAGACCAAGAGACCAUGAAGGAACUCUGUCAGCUGUUGACCAAUAAACUACCAAUAUUCAUCCAGAGUGCUGAUUUAGAGGUUCAAGAAAGGGCUUGUUGCAUGCUUCAGCUAGUCAAGUAUGUUCAGAAACUGAUAGAAAAAGGUGCCAAAGUGGGAGAAGAAGUAUCGAGCUUGUUUGCUGGGGAUCUAAAUCCUGUGGCCCCUAAAGCCCAGCGCAAAGUGCCAGUUCCUGAUGGAUUGGAUUUGGACAAGUGGAUUAAUGAGCCAUUGUCUGAGAGUUCAGAAGAUGAAGAACCCACAACCUCCAUCUUUGCUAUCAACCAUGACGAUACCAAGUCAUUCUAUAAGGAGGAGAAAAAGAGUGUUCCAGAGCCGACUGAGGAAGAACUAGAAAAGAGGAGAGAGCAGAGAAAAAUAGAUCAAAUGCAUAAUCCACAUUAUUUGCGGAUGGACAACAAAGCUAAGAAAGGCACUACUAUUGAAGAAACAGAAGAAAGUCCUGUAAUGCAGAUUGACCUCUCUGUACCUCUUCAUGUUCCUGGGCUGGCAUCUUCAGACAAAUACUUGAAGCUGGCCUCCCAGGAUAAUGACAAGUCAAGGAAGAAGACAAAGCACGGGAAACACAAAAAGAAGAAGAAGGGGCAGCCUGUGGGAGAGUCUGACGAGGACCUUCCAGCCCAGCACUCUGUCAGUACACUGGUGGACAUGCCUGAGGGAGCCAACACCUCUGAUAAGGAGGAUGAAAGAAGUAGCUCGGAUCCCUUCAAACGUCUGGAUAUGAACUUGGAUGAGCCUCUAAGGGAUGACGAAGUUUUGCCAGUUCGUACCCACAGAAUUGUAGCGGACUCUCCAGACGUCGAGGAUGAAGACAUCAAACCAAAGAAAAAACAUAAAAAGGUGAAGGACAAAGACAAAGAGGAGAAAAAGAAGCAUCGCAAGGAAGGAAAAGAAAAGAAAUCUAAGAAGAAACAGAAAGCUGAAGAAGCUUCUGGUUCUGCCUCAAACUUGUUAAUGGAGACGGAGAGUUCACCAGAACAUGUCCCCAUAGCCAAUGGUCUUCCACAGUCACCAGAGCAAGAGAAAAAAGAUCCCGAAAAAGAAGAUGAUUUAGAUUUCUGGAUGAACAACAAUUCUACGGCAGCGGCUAAAUCCACAGAUAAUGAAAUAGUAACACCUGAGGUCAGUGUAGAGUACGCUAACGUGUCAAGUGAAGAGGACAGCCAGAAAGAAAAGAAAACUAAGAAAAAGAAGGAAAAGAAAACCAAGAAAGAAAAGAAAAGUAAAAAAGACAAAAAGUUGCUGCGAGCUGACUAUGAAGAGGCAGAGGGAAUCACAACUCCGUCUAAAGAACAAGUGUCACUCUCUCAAGAAGAGACACCUGCAACAGUUCAACUCCCGCCCAUGUCCUCGUAUGUGAAUUUAGGAGAAAAUAGUUCCAUAAAAAUGACUUACGACAUCAGAGCCAGCCAUCAGAGAGGGGACCAAGUCAUUGUCUCUGUUGUAUUCUCCAAUCUUACGGAGCACCAAGUAAAGGACCUAGAAUUUAAUGUCAUGGACACCAUGAAUUUAAAGUUAAUUAGAUCAAUGGGCAGUUCUCAUCAUGAUGCCAUUAAAGUUCCCUUCAUACUGCUGCCUAAUGCUCAAAAUGAAGGACAGUUUGCCUUUACCGUUCAUGAGAUUAAAGUGGCUCAGAAACUGAAAGGAACUCUGACCUAUAUUCUUAAGAUGGAUGAGGGAUCCACGCAUGAAAAAGUAGAUUUUAAACUGGGUUUUCCAUGUAGCUGUUUUCUAGUCGCAACACCGUGUAAAGGCUCUGCUUUCACAUCACUUCUGGAGAGUGGGGACCUUACAGAGAAAUCAUCCUUACAAUUCACACCGCAGGACUCGGAAUUCCAAGUCAUCCUAGCCAAACUCUGCUUUUAUCAUCACUUCAGAGUUAUAGAACAAGUUGAGAAGAGUGCAUCUGUAUAUAGUAAAUCCAUGCAAGGCCACCCUGUCUGUUUGCUGGUGAAACUAGUGAAUGGGAAUUUAAAAAUUGACGGCAAGAGUACGGAGGGAAAUCUUUUAUCUAACGUGCUUCAAGAGAUUAAGACAACACUGGUGUAGCUGUGGAUUUUCUUGUUGUCGGAUGUCACAAAGAAACUUUUUCCAAUUCCGUGUCCGAGUGUGUAUGUGCUCUGGCAGUAUCUGUGAUGUGUAAGGGAACAGACUCACAAUUCCAAUGUUCUCCAUACUGGAUCAUUCUUCUUUAGUCAGACAUGUUUGUUAAUGAGUUUGAUAAUUUUAAUUAAUGGAAAUUGUGAUCAUGAUUAUGGGACGUUCAGCACAUUUGUGUUAAAUUAUCAUGUUGUACGUCAAGUGAUGUUUAAGAAUUCUGUAGUGCACAUGUAUCAAUUAUUUAUCAACUCUUCUUUCUGAUGCAAAACAUUGUAAAGUACUGGAGUUUGCAGUUUGUAUACUUUAUUGCAUUUGUGCCAACAAGCUCUUAGAUUAUAAAAGUCUAUGGUGUGAGUUUGAUAAUCUAAACAAACACUAACUGGGAUGUACUUAGUGCAGGUAUUGGGUUCCUGACUAGAUGGAAUUUGUAGAUGAAUUAAUGUAGACCCACCUACUUCUGACACUCGGAACAUUUAAAGCAAUAUGAGCUGUAAUUUUCACAGAAUCAAGUUAGAAUUUACACAGAGUGAAGUACUGGUAUGUUUUAAGUAAAACAAGGUUCAAGAACUGACUAGUCAACAAGGGACAAAUAAUUAGGUGACUUAUCAGAUUUAAGCGCUGGAUGACAAAAAUGAAUUUAAGCAUAAACAUUGUACACAUGUACACCAUCUGUAGGAUAUAGACUUAUUUUAACGGGGAGUUUCAUUAUAAUUUUUACUUAAAGGUUUAUUAAGUUUGAAGAGUAUAAAAUUUUGUGGUUUUGCUAAAAAUGCAAAAUUUUGUUUGAUAUACACAUAGAUAUCUAGAUUUGGUUCUCUCCCCUUAUACUUGUAUAAACUACUUCAUUUAUCUCUUUAAAUUCUACAACACAAACAAAAUUUGGUAUUCAAUGAAAAAUAAUGAAACUGCACCUAUUCAUUAGUUACACAAGUUAAUGAAGGGGGAAAUUAUGGCUCAUAGGAGUACUGCUUUAAUAAAUAACUCUUGUGAGUAGAAUGACAUGCUUUAUUCUGUAGAUCUUUAUAUGUGAAAAUCAGUACAUGUUCUAUGUGCUUUUAUUAAUUUAGUUUCAUGUUACAAGUAGUAGAUGAAGUUAUGAAAAACUGAAAAGGAAAAUCUUCAAUAGUAAUAGCGAUAUAUAUUUAAAGGAGAUUCUUUCUGUUAAUUGAUCAUGAAUUUUGCUGAAAGCCAAAAUUAUUCGGGCGACAGGUAUAUAGAACAAAUAUACACAGUAUUAUUUGAUGCCCCUGCCAUGAAAUGACGGAGGCAUAUUGUGUUGCCUCUUUUCUUCCGUCACUACGUCGUAGUUCUGCGGACUUCUUUUGUGUUUCUUGCAGAUGUUUAUCAGAUUUUUAUAUUGAACAGUUACAGACUAGUUUUAAAUUUUGUUCAAGAUCAUGGAAUUAAACACCAAGCAGAGGUUGACAUAAUUUGUAAGUGUAAAUGUUCUGAUUUAAAGGUAAUUUAUUUGACUACUGGGUGACAUUUGUGUCAAUCAACACAGAUGCACAGGAAGUGCAAAAGAUCAUUUAUAAUACUGCUAUGAAUAAUUAAAGGCAAAUCAUUAUUAUUUAGGUUGUUAUCGUGCAAUAUUUGUUCAUAUAUCGACAAAAGUUUGUUUAUUGGAAUAAAGUGAUACAUGUACAUGUAUGAUAUGCAAAACGUGUCUGUUUAUUUAACAUAUUAAAGUGAAUAAAUUUUUUAAAAGAA